UAAGGGUACGUUUUGUAGUAUCCAAAACCUUUGGGGUGGUAUUUUGGAAACUUUUUAAUACAAAUAUAUGCGGUGGAGAACUAGCGGUGUGUAGAUAACUGCUGACGACGACCGUUAUUAUUAGAGAAAGAAAAUGGCGGGAGUGGCUUCCCAGAUAUCUAUCGGCUCAUCUUCGUCGACCCUGAGGAGAGUUGGUUAUCGGCCGGCGAAAUGCUUAUCUGGAUCGCCGGAGAAGAGAACGCCGGCUAUCUUGAAGUGGGCUGUUGGCGGAGUCACUGAAGUGCUACGGCUGUUCUCCGUAGCUUCGUCUCCUUCCUCCAUUCGUACAAAUAAGGAUAAAUCAGAUUCCGAGGUUACUGCCCGAGAUGUUGAUGACGUGAUGGAGGUUUUGAGAUCAGAUUAUGGAAAUGCCUAUUUCGUUACAGGAAUCUUCACUGCUGAAAUUUACUCGGAUGAUUGCAUCUUCGAGGAUCCGACGAUCAGCUUCCAGGGUACAGAGUUGUACGAACGCAACUUGAGAUUACUGGUUCCGUUCCUCGAAGAUGCAUCCAUUGAACUGCAAAAUAUGGACAAGAGUGAGUUGUCCCAAGGAAACUAUAUACGGGCGACGUGGAAGCUAAGAACUUACUUGAAACUUCCAUGGAGACCAUUGAUAUCGAUCAAGGGAAGUACGGUCUAUGAACUUGAUAGAGACUUCAAAAUUGUGAAACAUGUCGAGAGCUGGAAUGUCUCAGCGGUUGAAGCAAUCAGGCAGAUAUUCACCUUCAACUCUUUUACUUCGUAGCUGAGAGAGUCCAAACACUAGAGAUUCAUGUAUUUGCUUAUGGUCAGAUAAUGACUACUAUCUCUUACUAUAUUUGUAAAUAUAAAUUCACCAAAUUUUACAUUGGUGUAAAGUUGUGCGAUGCUAAAAUCUGUAGUUUGUGUCAUGCGUGAUACAAGUGUGUAGUUUCAAAUGAAAAUUCAAUGGCUGAUACACACUUAUGGAAGAAGACAUGAUAUUUUCUGAUU